UGCAGUAAAAACAAAUUUAAUCAACAAAAACUACUUUUCAAACGAUGGAAUCGCACAAUUUCAGGAGGAUUGAAUUACUUUUAUGAUUGACAAUUAAAAUGUUAAAGAUUUAGACGGAAAAAUACAUAAAUGAGCGGUCACUGGGCUCCGAAAAUUAAGAAAGAAAACAUUAUUUGUUUUCUCAAUUCAUACUGCAGCAGGAAGUGGAAUAGAAUAUCAAUGGGUAUUAUCAAUAGCAAGGAUUUGAAGAAGAAGAUCAAUGAAGCCACGAGUAAUACCAGUCUAUCUAACCUGCGAUACGUAAUCACUGAAAAACCAAAAUGGAAAGUGUUCAAAAAGAGAGAGGUAACAGCUAUACCAGCGUACCACACCUCCCUAAAACCCUUGCGAGGGUGUCCCUGCGGCAACAACAGUCCCUGCAAACAGAAGGUCACUCCGAGAGGGGUCACUAUACACUACCCUCAGAAGAAGAAAAAAUUUCGAACGCUAGCUGGAAAAAGUUUUAAAUCACCAAAAGUAGACAAAGGCUAUCUGAGUACAAAAUUUAAUGUCAAUCUGAACGUGGAUCUCAAACGAUUCAUCCCAAAAUUGCCACAUUUGCCAAAAAUGCCGCAAAUGCCACAUUUGCCGCAUAUGCAUAUGCCACGCAUGCCACGUUUGCCACGGCGGAAGGCGAAAAGGAGUUUGAGCAGAGACUUUAUGUUUAUGCCAUUUUUAUUUUCCUGAGCCCACGGCCAGUGCCCAAAGUGAAAUUAUAUAGACCGAAAAAGUUCACAGCCUGGAGGUUAGAC